UUGGUCUGCAAGGGGCCCGCUGCUCACUCUACACUCUUCUUGAUGGCGAGCAUGCUGCUGCCCUAACAAACGAAAACAUCCAGCCAGCACGGACUCAGAGGCAAUGGCCUUCGCAACCGCAGUUCUGGACGCGUGCAGUUUUGCUGCGCGCUUUGCCGCUUUCGCACUUCCCGAUAUGCAGCGUGCGUUGUCUAUACUACUUUUUGAUGACGAUGUUUGACUCGCGGCUGCAGCGCCUGCGCCCAGCGGCGCGCAAGGCUGUCGCAGCUUUCUUAGCUGACGUGGAGGCGGCGGCGCCGGCUGCCGGGCAUGGAGAGGGGCAUGGGCAGCAGGAGGAGGAGGAAGAAGAAGAGGAGGGAGCGAAGGAGCUGGCGUGGUGGUGCGAGCGGGUGGUGCAUUACCGCCGCCGCCUGCGCAAGCCCGUGUUGUACGGUUGGUUGGAGAAGAGCCUGGGCAGGCGCGUGUACCAGAUCACGGACCCGGUGACGCGCGUGCCGCUGGACCUGGACGUGAUCGACCUGUCCUUCCUGGCCUCCAUCGUCAACGCUAUGCGCCACACACACUUCGCGCUCAACCGCGAGAUGCUGGACGACCUGUACGACGUGGUGGUGCUGCGGCGGCGGGCGCGGGAGCGCAUGUGGCGCCUGGAGCACAUCACAGGCAACGUCUUCAGCAUUGCGGUCUGCCCCUACUACAUCAGCACCAAGAACCUGUGAUGUGUUGCGGUAUGCUACGUGGGGUGCGGCCUCGUGGCACCGUGAAUGCGGCGGGGGUGUGUGCGGUCCACGGCCGGGUCCGCGCAGAACCCGGCGUGUGCUGGCGUGUUGGCCACGCGCGGCGUGGCCUGUAGGAACGUGAUGCAGGAGCGACACUAUGGCUUGAAGUGCAGGUUGAUGGAGACAGAAACUCCCAGCAGGUUGGCACGUGAAUAGCCAUGAUAUAAAAGCAAGGUGAAAUGUGUUACAUGUUCAUGCAUUCAGGCGUGACCGCAGCCUGACGUGCGUGUGCAGACUUAGACGUUUGUACCGCCAAGUGUGAGCUUCCAGAUUGAAUUGACCGUAUCUGCGUGCUUUCUCCGUAGGAAACGGCGGGUAAAAACAACGUAUACGGAGUGUUGACGUGAUUUAAUUUGGCGCCCAGUCCUUGAUCACGUCUGCCCGCUGAUGUAGUUGUCAUGGGACGAGCGUGCAAUAACUUGGCAUGCUGUGUGCUGAGAUUGCAACGCAGUCGCCCCCUGGGCAAUAUAGAUGUGAUGGACGUGUGCUAAAAGCUCGUAUAAAAGCCGUCAUGAGCACGGGCCUCGUCUGGAACCUUCCAUUCUGUCUUUUCUGAACUUGCGCAGUCUCGGCGGGCCACGUUCCCGCCGCCCCACGAACACACAGACACUUUUCCCACUCCUCCCACUACUUUCCCCGCCCAACCAAGUUCUCCGA